GCUGGAUGCUGCCCCGGGGGUGGUGAACACUACAGAGGAGGAGGUGGAAGGGGUGGACUCCCAGUCACCAUGCCCAGCCGGGUGGCAUCAGAAUGAGCAUCGCUGCUUCUCCUUCUACCCCGUCUGGGCCACCUGGGCCACUGCAGAGUUGUACUGCUCCCAGCACAGAGGGAACCUGGUGUCGGUUCACAGCCCGGGUCAACAGGUGUUUGUCCAGGAUCUGGUCAGGAGACACACAGACCAGCCGGUCUGGAUAGGAGGCUACGAUGCAGCUCAGGAGGGGAUGUGGCUGUGGAGUGACGGAUCAGCUGUUGACAGUUUCUACUGGGAGGAGGAUGAGCCCAGUAACUCUGGACAGGGGGAGAACUGUAUGGAGCUACACACUGGAGGUGGGCAGGGCUGGAAUGACGUGUCCUGUGGAGAGCUGAGGUUCUAUGUGUGUUCUAUGGAGACAAGAUCUGGUUUAGCAUCAUUGCCAAGUCAGAAGAAAUCACACGAGAGAGAGCUGGUUGAAGAGGUGAGUAUUUAUGACGUCCUGUGGGAGACCAGUGAGAGAGUAGCAGAUGAGAUCCUCUACUCAGCCUUCCUCAGAGGGAUGUAUUCCAGACGUCUGCCUGCCCACUGCUAUGCUGACUUCUGCCACCAGGAGGUGCUAUACCUGGACAGAGUCAUCCCCAUGCUGCGGGUGCUGAUCAGAACAGUCCAGGGUCCUCCAGACAUCAUGCUGUUUCUCCAGAGAACACAUCAACGCUACCAGGAGUCUCUGAAGGAGGCCCAGAACCAAACUCCACCACACCUGAACCUGUCCUCCAUCCAGCCCUCUGCAGCUGUGCGUCAAUACCUCCAGAGCUUCCAUGACAUUGUGAAUGAGGAGCCCAUCUACUGGCUGGUGUCUCUGCUGCCCAGAGCCCUGCUCAGACCUUACCUGGCACAGAACCUGCCCCUGGGAGAGAGGACCAGACCAGGCCCCAGCCCCUGCCUCUACCCCUGGCUAAGUCUCUUCCCCUGCCCCUGCUACCAGUGGGGGGGAGAAGAGAUGAAGCCAGACCAGAGGAACCAGAAGGACAAGUCAGGGACAUAUUACAGGCAUCUACUGGAGAAGUACCAGGAUGUGAUAGACGUCUAUAAGGCUGUCAACAUCUUCAGAGUCCAGAUGAUCAACGAGAAGGCUCUUCACCUUCACCUCCAGGUUUUAGCCAGUUAG